CAUGCCACUCGCCGAAGAACCCAGCCCUCUGUGCUCUAGCGCCGCGCGCUUCCGGCGACUCGGCAGUUUGGGGUGCAAAUGGGGGCGGCGGAGCUGCUGUCUUUGUGCUUGGUACUCGCUGCGGUGGCAUGGACGGAGGGGCAGCGGCCCCGCGCGGUGAAAGUGGGCGCGCUCUUCGACUACGAUUCCACCAUUGGCCGCGCGGCGCAGCUCGCCAUCGAGCUCGCCGUCGACGACGUCAACGCGGACCGCUCCGUGCUCGCGGGGACCAAGAUGGACCUCAUCAUGGCGGACACCAACUGCAGCGGCUUUGUUGGAACCGUGCAAGCACUGCAACUAAUGGAGAAAAAUGUGGUUGCAGUUGUUGGCCCGCAGUCCUCUGUGAUAGGCCAUGUCAUCUCACAUUUUGUUAAUGAGCUGCAUGUUCCGCUCCUAUCAUUCGCAGCCACUGAUCCAACUCUUUCUGCAUCAGAGUAUUCUUACUUUUUAAGGAGCACUGUCAGCGAUUACUUCCAAAUGCGUGCGAUUGCUAGCAUUGCUUCUUACUAUCAAUGGAAAGAGGUAACUGCUAUAUUUGUUGAUGAUGAUUAUGGGAGAGGUGGGGUGUCUGCCCUUGGUGAUGCCCUUGCAACAAAGCGUGCCAGAAUUUCAUAUAAAGCAGUCAUUCCUCCAGAUGCUAACAAAGAUGUGAUCAGUGAUAUACUGUUUAAAGUUAACAUGAUGGAAUCAAGGGUUCUGGUUGUGCAUGUCAAUCCUGAUACAGGGCUGCGAAUAUUUUCUAUAGCUAACGAGCUCCAGAUGAUGACCGGUGGCUAUGUCUGGAUUGUAACUGAUUGGCUAGCUGCUGUCCUGGACUCCUCAAAGUCUGGAUAUCCGAAGAACAUGAGUUAUAUGCAAGGAUUAAUUGCCCUUCGUCAGCACAUUCCUGAUUCUGCUGCCAAGAAGAAGUUCAUAUCAAAAUGGAAUACUGCGGCUCGCAAAAGGAAAAUUGCAUCUGGUUUGAAUUCGUAUGGUUUUUAUGCUUAUGACUCUGUUUGGAUUGUUGCCCAUGCGAUUGAUAAAUUUCUCAAUAGUGGGCAGCAGAUCAACUUCUCUGCAGAUACUAGAUUGCACGAUUCGGAUACAAGCAUUAUCACUCUGUCAACUCUCAAGAUAUUUGAUGGUGGUGAACACUUGCUACAGCAACUUCUGCUCACAAACUUUGCAGGCCUAACAGGUCUGCUUCAAUUUGAUUCAGACCGCAAUUUGGUACACCCAGCAUAUGAGAUCCUUAACAUUGGUGGUUCUGUUCCUGGUUUGAUUGGCUAUUGGUCUAAUUACUCUGGCCUUUCUGUUGCUGCUCCUGAAACUUUGUAUCAGAAGCCACCAAAUAUGUCGUCAAGUGCCCAACAGUUGAGCACUAUGGUGUGGUCAGGUGACUCUACCACUAAACCCAGGGGGUGGGUUUUCCCAAACAAUGGCCAGCCUCUGAGAAUUGGUGUUCCAAAUAAACCAAGUUUCAAGGAAUUUGUGGCAAGUGGCAAAGGUCCUGAUAACGUGACAGGUUAUUGCAUUGAUAUAUUCAAUGCAGCAGUUAAACUGCUUCCUUACCCUGUUCCUUCCAAAUUCAUAUCAAUCGGCGAUGGUAUACAUAAUCCUAAAUAUGAUGACAUCAUUAAUAUGGUUGCAAACAAUACCAUUGAUGUAGCUGUAGGCGACUUCGCUAUUAUCAAAAAUAGAACAAGGAUUGCCGAAUUCACACAGCCCUAUAUUGAGUCAGGGAUGGUGAUAGUAGCGCCAGUGAAACAGUCAACUUCAAGUGCAUGGGCUUUCUUUAAACCAUUCACAUUAGAGAUGUGGUGCGUAACUGGUGCUCUUUUUGUCUUUGUGGGAAUAGUUGUUUGGAUUCUGGAACAUCGGACUAAUGAGGAGUUCCGAGGCACUCCACAGCAACAAGUCCUAACAAUAUUUUGGUUUGCUUUCUCAACAAUGUUCUUUGCACACCGAGAAAACACCGUAAGUGGUCUUGGGCGUUUCGUUCUGAUCAUAUGGUUAUUUGUGGUGCUGAUCAUCAACUCAAGUUACACUGCUAGUUUGACGUCAAUCCUCACAGUCCAGCAGCUUGUAACCGGAGUUACUGGACUGGACAAUUUGAUUGCAAGCACUGUACCCAUUGGACACCCGGCUGGAAAAUUUAUCCGAAAUUAUCUGAUUGAAGAGCUGAAUAUUCAUGAAUCCCGCCUGGUGCCAUUGAACACGAUCCAGGACUAUGCGGAUGCCCUUAACCGUGGACCAAAAGCUGGUGGUGUUGCUGCAGUUAUUGAUGAAAUGCCGUGUGUUGAGCUCUUCCUGUCAUACCACUGUAACUUCAGAAUAGUAGGUCAGGAGUUCACGAAGGAGGGAUGGGGAUUUGCAUUUCAGAGAGAUUCUCCGCUUGCUGCAGACAUGUCAACGGCCAUCCUUCAACUUUCAGAGAGUGGCCAGCUCCAGAGAAUUCACGACGAGUGGUUGACGCGGCCAAGUUGCAGCUCUGAUGAUAGUGGGUUGGGACCAAGCAGGCUAGAUCUUGGAAGCUUCUGGGGUCUUUUCCUGCUGUGUGCUAUGAUCUGCCUCUUCUCUCUUGGGGCGUUCUUUGUAAAAAUAAGCUGCCAGUACAGCAGGUACUCCAGUUCUGUGGCUGCUGGCGAAUCCAGCGAAGCUUCUCCUACCUCCCCUGCUGUUUCUGAAGUACACCCGACGAAAGCAAAGCCAAGACGUCUUGAUAGCUUCAAAGAUCUGAUGCAUUUUGUUGACAAGAAGGAGGAAGAUGUUAAAAAGGAAAUGAAACAGAGAUCAAGCGAUAAAGAUAAUCAUGGCGUGGGAUCCUCAGAUACACACUUUGUCUCUUCAGCAUAGAAGUUUCCUUCAGACAGAUCUCCAGGUUCUGACACUGCCAACACACAAAAGUAGAUAAAACAGAGGUGUAUUGGUAGUACACGACACAGCUGCCAUUCUCGUUGUGCCUAAUAGGCCGAGCAGUGGGAGUAUUUGUGUCUGAACCACCUCCUAAUCAGAAAUGACUAGGAUUCUGUCUGAAAUCACCCUUGUUGGGCUGUAUGUUACGUUUAUGCACAUGCACGUGAGUAGCGACACAAGAGCCCAUGUAUGUUUAUGUAUACUACUAGUAUGGUUUAUGUACUACUGUAUAGUUCUGGAAUAAAUUUGAAUACCACCCACAGUUUUGAAUAUCAA